AAGAGGGAGGGGAGAGAGAGAGAGAGCUCAAGCUCGUUCUUGCGCUUUUAUAAUUCUCUUCAAAAUUGAUGCUUUGCUGUAGAAUUGAGACUUAGUUCUCGAAUUAGAGUGCUCUCAUUCUCUUUAAAGGUCCAGUUUUUUCUCACUUGGGCCCAUCUUUAUUUUCUCCAAUUCUAAUGCCCAUCUCAUUUUCAUCAAUACCCAUCCCUUGUUUCUCAAAAUCUCACUGUAUGAGUGGCUAAAGAUCCCAUUUUGUUUCUUUCCUUCUUCUGUUUGGUGUAGAAUAUUUAGUGGCUCUCUCUCUUUUCUCGAUGUUAUUUGUUAGAAGUCCAGCAGCUCAGAGGAAAUCAUGAGAGAUGUUAAUUCGAAGAAGAGCAAGCAGCUUUCAUGGUCUAAAACCUUUGUUAGAAAAUGGUUCAGUGUCAAGAGCAAAGUUGAGGAUUUUCAUGCAGAUGAUCUUGUUGGAAGAGUACGUGAUGGAGAACCAAGGACCAGCUUCUCAGAGAGGGAAUCAUGCACAGUAAAGAAAAGCAAAACAGAGAGAUUUUCUUCCAAGAAGAAUUCUGAUCGAGCUCGACAAGGAAGAUUCAAUUAUGAUGCAGCUCAAUUUACAGAUACACAGGACUAUAGCGUAUUUGUUGCAACAUGGAAUGUGGGUGGCAAAUCACCACCAAAUUACUUGAAUCUCGACGAAUGGCUUCAUUCCUCUCCUCCAGCUGAUUUAUAUGUUUUGGGGUUUCAAGAGAUUGUGCCACUGAAUGCUGGAAAUGUUCUUGGAACCGAAGAUAAUGCCCCUGCAAGAAAAUGGGUUUCCUUAAUUAGAAGGACACUGAACAAUAUUCCGGGUUCUAAUUACAAUUGUAGUUGCUACACCCCUUCACCUGUUCCUGAUCCAAUUGUGGAGCUCGAUGCUGAUUUUGAAGGAGGCUCAACGAGGCAGAAGAAUGCUUCUUUCUUCCAUCGAAGGUCAUUUCAGUCUCUGAGUCGGAGCAUGAGGCUCGAUGGAGAUAUGAUGGUGUCUCAUCCGAGGCUAGAUCGUCGGUUUAGUGUAUGUGAUAGGGUUAGUUUUGGAAGUAGACCGAGUGAUUUUGAUGCUAACUUCAAAUGCGGGGGUUCUGAUGAUGAAGAGAAUAUCGGCCGUGAGUCUCCAAGUAGCAUUUUCUACUCGUCAAUGUCUUAUGGUUAUGGUGUUCAACCGGUCAUGGAGGAGCGAGAAAGGUCUAGAGGAAGCUCUCGGUAUUGCUUGGUUGCUAGCAAGCAGAUGGUUGGAAUAUUUCUUAUGAUCUGGAUACGAAGAGAGCUAAGAGAUAAUGUGAAGAGCAUGAAGGUUUCUUGUGUUGGAAGGGGCUUGAUGGGCUAUCUUGGCAACAAGGGUUCGAUUUCAAUCAGCAUGACUCUGCAUCAAACAAGCUUCUGUUUCAUUUGUAGCCAUUUGACUUCAGGUCAGAAGGAGGGGGAUGAAUUGAGGAGGAACUCUGAUGUAAUGGAAAUUUUGAGGAAAACCCGAUUCCCACGGGUUAAUGGGAAAAGUGAUGAGAAAUCACCUGAGACUAUUCUUGAUCAUGAUCGAGUAAUAUGGCUUGGGGAUUUGAAUUACCGAAUUGCACUUUCAUAUCGAUCUGCAAAGGCUCUAGUGGAGAUGCAUAAUUGGAGAGCAUUGUUGGACAAAGAUCAGCUUAGAAUAGAACAGCGAUCUGGUCGUGUUUUCAGUGGCUGGAAAGAAGGAAGAAUAUGUUUUCCUCCAACAUACAAGUAUUCAAAUAACUCAGAUCGAUACGCUGGUGAUGACAUGAAUCCAAAAGAGAAGCGAAGAACGCCAGCUUGGUGUGAUCGUAUCUUGUGGUAUGGAAGAGGCCUCAAUCAGUUAUCUUAUGUUCGUGGAGAGUCGAGAUUCUCUGAUCAUAGACCAGUGUAUAGCAUUUUAACAGCAGAGGUUGAAUUGAUUAAUUGUAGCAAAAUCAGGAGGAAUAAUUGCUUGACCUCUCGAGUUGAGGUGGAAGAACUCUUGCCUUGUUCACAUGGAUACACUGAACUGAGUUUCUUUUGAAUAAGGAGGAUGCAAUUUCUAGUAUCAGAGAAUUAGUUGUUGUUUCCUUUUUUGGAAUGUAAUUAGUAUGUCUUGCUUCUCUUAAAGGCCAAGGUGAUCUGGACCUUUUCAUUCAAAUGUCAGCAAUGACCACACAAGGAAAAAGUGAUUAUGAGAAGAAGGGACAAUUGCUUCGCCAAUAAUUUUGAAGGAUUGCAAUUUUGCUUACUAACCAAGAACUGGGGCCGAAACUAUCUGUGAGAAAACAGGGCUAAUUAACUGCUAACUAUACAAAAAAUCAGUUGAUGAGGGCAACAAAUAAGAGGACAAGUUGCCAUUUUUUUAUACAUAUGAUUUUGUAUAAUUCUUUUGAUCAAGUUGUGGUAAUUCCUUCCUCCUUUUUUUUUUUGUAUUUUUUGGGGCCUCCAGUGUGCUUUUGUAGACUGAAGAUGUGUUAGAAUGCCUAGGAACAAGCAAUCAUUCGUACAGUCCUUCUGGUUUAUUUUAUGAUUUUCAAGAGGAGAGUUAAAGAAUUGCAUGCAUACUUGAUGUUGUAGAGAAAAAAGUACUGUUAUUAUGAUUCUUUCAGGGUAUGGCUCUAUGA